UAUAAAAGCACGCCAGCUCUCAAAUUUAUGCACUGGGUUUAUUGGCAGCACUAGUGUGUUGUCGUUAGACCUGUCUUACUGUUGUAUUGCAUUCACCCAUGUCUCCAUCCACCCAGUUCAUGGAAGGCCUUUGGGUGCGGACGGCAUUCUCUGCAGCUGGCCACACUUUGCUGGUCUACGACUAUCUUCUAACUUUCAAAUAUGAAUUCUUCUACAUCUGGAAAGCCCCCUGGACGGUCGUUAAAAUCUUGUUUCUUCUCAACCGGUAUGGAAACCUUAUUGGGCAGACUGCCAUCCGUCUGGAAGAGGCCGGUCUCCUGGCACACGGUUCUCAAUUGUUCUGCCAACGCUUCGCUAUUUUCACCACCUGCUUUAUGUUUAUAUCCACAGAAUCUAUUCACAUCCUUGUGCUCGUGCGAGCGUGGGCCAUCUGGGGAACCCGCAAGCGCGUUACAACGAUCCUCAUCUGGAGCUACAUGUUAUACGUCAUUAUGCUGUUGGCUGGGUCAGCAAAUACUUUACACAUCAGUCAUAUUCCGUAUCUGCACCUCGACAUGAUUCAGGUUUGUGUGGCGGAAAUGCCAAAAUAUGUGUGGUUGAUUUAUGUCGGAAGCUUUAUUCUCGAUGCUGUACUCUUCAUCUUGACGACGCGAAGUCUCUGGAAAUACUCUAGAGAAUUCCGGGCUCUGUACCCGUCUGAGCUCCUACAUGUGCUCUUCCGAGACGCAAUCUUGUUUUUCAUUGCUAGUAUGUUCAGUAAUGCAUUGACCGUCGCCUCCUGGACUGCAUACAGGGACAAUCCAAAAUAUUUCCUUGGUAAAGGAUUCGCGACCCCAUUACUUUCAGUUGCUGGUCAGCGCCUAGUCCUGAAUCUCCGAGGUCUCAAAACACGUACCUACACAACCCGCGAUAUCAGCCGUGAUGUGGACAGGCAACUCCAAGCAUUCGCUGAUGCGGACUUACCAGGCGGAGACGACAUCGAAGAGAUAGAACGUGUGUGAGAGUAUGCAUAUGAUGUUAUUCUGUAUAAAAAUAUGUGGAAAGCGAUUGAACGUUGCUGACCUUGGUGCUCGCUUUUAUCUUUUUCUUUGCGCUUCCCAUGUCCCCUUCUAAAUUUUCAUUUUCGGGUGAUAGGUGUAUCAGUGCGUGUAGUAAUACUUGUGCUAAUGAGUAGUUAGCAACUCUUUUGCAGUGGUGGAUUCGGCA